GUGCAGGCGGUCCCCAGCAUCCCUGCAGCAUCUCAGGUACAUUUCCUGGGUUGCAUCAUACCCGUCAGUUUAACUCGCGUCACCCUACACAAUGGAUUCACAACUCGGCCCACCACCUUCGAGUAUACGCAUCCUGUCGCUCAAUUGCUGGGGCCUCAAGUUCAUUUCCAAACUCCGCAAUGAGCGCCUUACCGAAAUAGGAAAUCAGAUCGCCGCCGCCAGUCCGCAGCCAGACAUUGUAGGGCUCCAGGAGUGCUGGACGCAGCAAGACUACAAUGCCAUUCGGGAGAAGACACAACAUAUACUGCCUUAUGGCAAGUUCUACCACAGCGGAAUCUUUGGUGGUGGUUUAGUCAUUCUGUCAAGAUGGCCUAUUCUCGAGAGCAACAUGGUGCGGUAUCCUCUGAAUGGACGGCCUGCUGCAUUCUAUCGCGGCGAUUGGUUCGUGGGCAAGGGAGUCGCAUGUGCGAGGAUUCAGAUGGGGCCGUCCAAGAGAGACAUCGCAGAGGUGUUUUGCACGCAUCUUCACGCCCCGUACGAACGCGAACCACACGAUUCCUACAUCUGCCACCGAACAGCCCAAGCGUGGGAAAUCACAAAACUCAUGCGCGCAGCGGCUGAACGCGGACAUCUCGUCAUCGGCAUGGGCGACUUCAACAUGAUCCCCUUAUCCCUCGCACACCGCAUCAUAGAAACGCAUUCGCCUGUUCGAGACGUAUGGCGCAUCCUUCACCCUGAAUCCUCCAUCGGAGCAGCGAAAGACAAGGUCGAGCAAGUUCGCGGCGUACCAAUGCCAUCUGCGCAGUUCAAUAUGACUGUCAAUGGAGCAACAUGCGAUAGUGAGCUGAACUCCUGGCGAUGGAACAAAGGACAACAGAGACGUCUCAAUAAGGGCGAAAAUGUGCAGAUAGAUCCUGCCGUCCCAGACCCGAACGCGAAGCGACUUGACUACGUCUUCUUCAGCAGCGGUCGAUACCACCAUCCGGAGACAAAGGAGGAGACAGCGGAGUGGGAGCUCAAGGAAGCCAAUGUAGGCAUGGCGAUGCGUCAUCCUACGCUACACUGUUCCUUGAGCGACCAUUUCUCUGUCGAAGCGACAUUGACGAGAACCUCUACUGAUCCAUCAGCCAUACGGCUAUCUCCAUGGGCACUGCCUGAGCAAUAUCUGCCCAUCGAGGUCUACGAUGAGAUCAUGGCAACCAUACUCAAGUACCAGGUCCGAGAAAGGAUCCAGCGCAAGCUGCGCAUUGGUCACUUCUUCUACCAGCUCUCUUUCUCCGUUGGCUGUCUGAUUGGUGUCUGGUGGUCACCCAAGAACUACGUUGCCUUCAUACUGAUGCUAUUGAGCACGCUGGGAUUUAGCGUGGGUGUCAUCGAUGGAUUGAUGGGGUUGUUGUUUGUUGGUAGCGAGAUGAGGGCACUCAAGGAAUUCGAGUGGGAGGUCCGAAAUACCAGAGAGCGGGCGCUCGCGAAAGCCCUCGCGAUGAGCGAAUCCCAGCCACAGCAGGCCAGCGGCGGCCAGCAGCAAGGUCAACAGCUGCUACGCCCCGAUGACAUCCUCAAGCUACAAUGUCUUCCCGAAGACGAGAAGCAGAAGUACCGCUUGAUCAUGCAGAGCUCUUGGAACAUCUUCAACAACAACCCGCAGGGCAGCCAGGAGAAUACCACGGCGCGUCAGAAGCUGACGGACUGGUCGCAAAAGUUCAUCGCGCGCGAACGCCAAUAUCGCGCAAAGAUGAAGGCACAACAGCAACAGGGAAAUCAGAAUCAAGGACAAGCUGGACAGUCAAGUGCAGCCGGCCAGCAGAACCCCAACGCGGUCAAGCAGGAAGGGGGUCAAGGUCCCAAUGGAGGAGCUGGUGGUGCCGGCGCGCAACCCAACCAGCAAAACCAAGGACAACAGCCCAACCAAGGCCAGAACCCAGGGCGCGGCCAGGUUGAUCCUGCCAUCGUCAAGCAUGUCCACGAGUUCCCCAUGCAGGGACCUACGAAUGGACCGGCGCCAGGCACACCCGAGUACGAAACCAAAAUCAAGGAGUACCGGUCUGGUUAUCUGAACAUGCUUGCCAAACAAGCUUCCUUUAACGAACAGAGACGGAGACUUGUUCAUCAGCUUACCGAAAGGCAGAACAAUGGGCAGGAACUACCUCAGGAGCAGCUCAUGAUGAAGGCCAAUAUUGAGAAGGAGUCUGCCAAGAUUAAGGCUCAGAUUGACAAGUUCCGUGCCAUGCAGAAGCAGUGGAAGGAGGAGCGCGAGGGAAAUGCGCAGGGCCAGGCUCAGGCGCAACCUCAGGGCCAGAACACAGCGCAAUCGCCCCCACAGCAGCAACAGCAGCAGCAACCGCCGCAACAACAGCCCCAAGCGCCUCAGCGCCAGCCUUCACAACCUAGCAUGCCAGCGCAGCCCCAAGUGAAAGAGGAGCCGCAGAUCAAGAUUGAGGGCGGACAGACACUACAACCACAACCCCAACAACAAUCGCAAACCCAAUCCCAACCCCAACCUCAGUUCAACAUGCAGGCAAAUCAAGGGAACCACCAGCAGGGCCCGCCGCAACAGCAACAUAAUCAACAACACAACCAGCAGAUGCCGCCUUCACUUCCGCAGCAGCAACAAAUGCAGCAAGGACAGCAGCAAGCUAGACCUCCGCCAGGGCCUCAUGCGCAGACAAUGCCUCCGAACCAGAUGCCGCAAUUUGCGCAGGGACAACAGCAACAGAACUUUCACCAGCAACAACAGCAGCGACCUCAGAUCAACCCCAUGCAAGCGAACGCGCACCAGCAGAGCAAUUCACCACACCCGCAAUCCGCCGCCUCCAACGCGCCCGGCCCACCAAUCCCUCUCUCUCACAGCGCCGCCGUCAGCGCCGCAAACCGUUCCUACACCGAUCCGCAACGCACAAACACACCCAUGCAGCAAGGCGGACAAGGCGGCAACUUUGGGAGUCGCGAGCGCGAGCAGCUCAACAACCCCAAGAUGCCUAUCCCACGCCAUCUCAACGUGACCUCACCACAGGCCGUCCACAUGGGCCAAUCUCGACCUACUAUGAGCGGCCCUACCAACGGCGCGCCAGGACCCAUGGGCCAGCCCGUUAUCCCGCGUCCACCCCCCUUCCAGCUCGAAGGUGAAGGCGACCGCGUGCUCAGCAAGCGGAAGCUAGAUGAGCUCGUAAGACAGGUAACCGGUGGAUCAGAAGAGGCCUUGACACCAGAAGUCGAAGAGGCCGUCCUCCAACUCGCCGACGACUUCGUCGACAACGUCAUCAGCAACGCGUGCAAGCUUAGCAAGCUUCGCGACUCGCCCCAGCUUGAUAUCCGCGAUAUUCAAGUCAUACUCGAGCGCAAUUACAAUAUCCGUAUUCCAGGAUAUGCGUCGGAUGAGGUUAGGACGGUGCGCAAGAUUGUUCCUGCGCAGGGCUGGGCGAACAAGAUGAGUGCGGUUAAUGCGGCGAAGGUUAUGGGUGGGAAGGCGGACUUUUAGUCUGGGUCUGAGGGGGAGGUAGAGGAGGAGGGAAUGGGGGUAGUGGAGGAGGAGGGAGAGGCAAUAGUAGAAGAGGAGGAAAACCAUCAUUAUCCUAUUGCUGCAGAAAGCGAAAACGAUGGAGAAGGAGAAG